GUCAGUUGGUGGCGUCAGUGCGCCUCGCUUGGCUGCUGGAGUGGAGGAGUCCGUCGUGAUUGCGCAGCAUGAAGCCGAGCUCAAACUACAGCGGAGUGAGGAGCUGAAGUUUGAUGUGAAGUAAAUUCCUCUGCGGGAGAAACUACAUUCACCCUCUGCGACAUUUAUCUCGUUGGGAGCUAAAUGACAAGAAGUGACCCGGGGCGCGAUGGCGAGCACCACCAAGGGAUUACUGCGCUGUAAGAUCGUGGUUGUCGGCGAUACUCAGUGUGGCAAGACGGCUCUUCUUCAUGUUUUUGCCAAAGACUCCUACCCAGAGAAUUAUGUUCCCACGGUAUUCGAGAACUACACAGCCAGCUUUGAGAUUGACAAGCAGAGGAUUGAGCUGAACAUGUGGGACACUUCAGGUUCAGCCUACUACGAUAAUGUGCGUCCAUUAGCUUAUCCUGACUCAGAUGCAGUCCUCAUCUGUUUUGAUAUCAGUCGUCCAGAGACUCUGGACAGCGUGGUGAAAAAGUGGCAAGGUGAGACGCAGGAGUUCUGUCCCAGCGCCAAAGUGGUGCUGGUCGGCUGCAAGUUGGACAAGAGGACAGACAUCACCGUCAUGCGAGAACUGUCCAAGCACAGACUCAUUCCCGUCACCCAUGAACAGGGCACUAACUUGGCGAGGCAGAUAGGAGCUGUGGCCUACGCCGAGUGUACCUCAAAGUACUCGGAGAACAGCGUCCGUGACGUAUUCCACGUCACCACCCUGGCGUCUGUGUCACGCAUCCAUCGGCCUCAGCUGAAACGUGCCGGCUCACGUCGCGGCCUCAAACGAAUCUCCCAGCAACCGCCUCGGACUGAGAUUCUGGAGCACCCGCCGGCAAUCCACAAGGACCGGGCCAAAAGCUGCGUGCUCAUGUAGGGCCGCGUGUGCCGAGGAACCGCUCUGCACACAAAUUUAAUUUAUUGGUGAUUAUUUUGUGAAAUUGUUGCACUGCAUCAAAGGGACAAUGCGCUGAGUGCUGUCCCGUGGAGCGCCUGGAGGGAUCGUUUCAUCUCUGUGUGGCCGUUUUCUCAUCACAAGAGCCGUUUGUCUUUGAUGCUUUUAAUGUGAGUAAAUGGGACAGAGACACUUUGUGUCAGUCAGUUAGCAAAUGACACAGGAAAUAGCCGAAAAUGAGGACGGGGAAAAAGAUCACAUCAACGUGUUGUUUCCUGUUUUGAAAAUGCUAUUUCCUUCUUUAAGUAAAUGAAGCACAAAAUGAUGCACGCAAACUGUCCCACGUUAUCUGUAAAUGUCAAGGAAUUAACUCCACUGCUGCGCCUCAUACAGUGUGUUAAACAGAAAAUCAGAAAAUGCAGAGAGAGAGAGGAAAAAAAGUGUGCUGAGAUGGCAUUAAUUUUCUGAAACCACAAGUGCUUUUAAUAUUCAAAAUAUCACCUUAUACCGGAGUGUUGUGAAAUUAAUAUUAUUCUUAAUAAUGUUCCGCACUGGGAAGGAAAGUCAAAGAGGGAGAUUGUUGUUGUACGUGUCAUAAAUAAAACAUCUCUGCAAAGC